AUAAAUGCUUCGCCGAUGCCGCCCUUCAUCGACCGACUCAUAAUGGCAAAUGAGGAACCUUUCUUGCCGGCGAUGUCGUCGUCGAUCGAAGACAGAGCUACUGCUGGAUUGAUCCGGCAGUUCUACAAAUUCAAGGGAAGUGCCGUUCCGUCGCGAUUCUUGUUCACCCACGGCGACGAGUGGUCCGACUUCGCGCCGGAGGUAAACGACACCCUACGCCGGGAGUUCGUCGGAGGUAGGACCUCGGUGGAGAUUCUUAUCACCGGCUCCUCGUACCUAUUCGACUUCCUGCGGAUGACGCAGAUCGACGUCCGGACCGGCGCGGCGAAUCCCAUCGCCUGGAUCGAUGCCCUCGGGCGGUGCUUCUUCCCAAUCGAGGAUGGGAAGAGGAUCACUCCGCUAACGAGAACAGGCUCAUCGUCUCCGGAGAGAGAUUUCUCCGAUGCGAGCGGCGAGAUCGAGGAGGAGGAGGUGGAGGUGGUCUCCACGAUGGCGAGUUUGGGGCGGGCGAGGUGGGUUGGGGCAGAGACGAUCGGCGAGGGCGAUCGGGACUUUAAGCUCAUAGAGAGGUGGUUUCUGACGGGCUACCGGAGGUACGUGCCGGGCGUGGUCGUCACCGCGAUCCAUCGCUGCUCGCGCUCCGGCUUCCGGAGUGCUUCCCGGCUGAAGACGUUCCAGCUUCAGAUGCAGAUGACGAAGGCCGCCCGCGGUGGCGACGCCAACGUGAAGCUCGGCUGGUACGGAGCCUCGGCGAUGGACGUAGCCGCCAUAGUCGCCCAUGGCUUCGGAAAGCCCCAAAAUGCUCGCCCGGAUGCGGAGGUCGGCGGAUUCGGCCUUCAUCUAUCAGCCGCGCCGUAUCCUUACUUGAGUGAUCUCCCGGCGGAAGAAGCCAACUCCGGCGAUUGCGAAGAAAAACACAUGGUUCUGUGCAAGAUCAUAGUGGGGAGGCCGGAGAAGGUGGAGGCAGGAUCGGAGCAGUACCACCGAAGCAGCGACGAGUUCGACAUCGGCGUUGACAAUGUUGCAAAUCCGAGGCGGUAUGUAGUGUGGAGCACUCUCAUGAACACGCACGUCUUCGCCGACGCCAUCGUCAGCUACAAGAUCCCCAAGCAGCAGCGCCUUCAAUUUGCACCGAGAUCAGCAACCCUUCCUCAGGAACUGCUGCUCACUCGACUACUUGCAGAGUUGAGCAGGUCGAUUCCUUCCUCAACCUUGCGGACUCUGCAGAAUACCUACAAACAAUUCCAGGCAAGAAAGAUGAGCAAGGCAGCUUUUAUCAGAUCCAUUAGGUCGAUGGUGGAUGAUAAAGUACUACUUUUGGCAAUGAGAAAGAUCAGAGGACAUUGAAGAUGGUAGAACAAAUUAUGCAAAAACACUUGUAAUUGAUGUUUUAUUUCUUUCCGAGAAAAUACAGCUUAAACUCUAUCAAUUGUCAUCAUGUUUCUUCGCA